UACCCACACAAAAAAACAUUAAAGUAAACAAUAUAUAAUACAAGAUGAAAUUUUUAUAUUGCCUAAGUGUCUUCACAUUUACGACAUUCUUGUUGUUCCUUAAUGGCGAAAGUGCUGUCAUAAAUAUUGCAGCAAAACCCAAUGCAGAUGUUGGCCCGGUAAUAUAUAUGAUUCAUAAUAAACAUAUUAUUAUAUGUGAACAUUUUCCCCAAGUGUUUCUAUUUUUUAAUUUUUUCCCAAGUGAUUAUUAUCUUUCAUACAUUAUGUUAGCUACAUAAUUGACAAAUUACCAUGAAAAUAAAAAAUGUGACAGGAUUUGUUGAGCGCAUGGAAGGAAGCAUGUGCAGCCACAACAGGAAGCACCAUUGUGAUCCCAAAAGGAGAAUACCCAAUGACCCAAGUAGUGCUUGCUGGGCCAUGCAAAGGCCCAAUUGAGCUCAAAAUCGACGCCACCUUAAAGGCUCCGGCCGACCCCGCCACGCUCGACAGCAACAAGGAAUGGCUCACCAUCAAUAACGUCGACCAGUUCACACUCUCCGGCACCGGCGUCCUUGACGGCCAAGGAGCCAAAUCAUGGGACCAAAAUGAUUGCAAGAAAACUGCAACCUGCAAUAAGCUUCCCAACAAUCUGAGUUUGAACUUUUUGACAAACUCAUUGAUCCGGGACAUAACUUCUCUAGACAGCAAGUUGUUUCACGUUAAUGUUCUGGGCGGUAAGAACUUAACGUUCGACCACGUCACCAUCAAAGCCCCGGGGGACAGCCACAACACCGACGGAAUCCACAUUGCAAAAAUAGUGGAUGUUAACGUUAAAGACAGCACCAUAGGAACCGGAGAUGACUGCAUCUCAAUCGGAGACGGAACCGAAAACCUUCACAUCACGGGUGUGACAUGCGGUCCCGGUCACGGCAUCAGCGUCGGGAGUCUCGGAAAGACUCCCGGCGAGGCACCCGUGAAAGGCGUCUUCGUGGAGAAGUGCAACUUCAUCAAGACAGACAACGGAGUGAGAAUCAAAACAUGGCCCGAUUCGCACCCGGGAGUCGUGACCGAUAUCCAUUACACUGACAUAACGAUGGAGGACGUGCAAAACCCGAUUGUGAUCGAUCAAGAGUACUGCCCUAAUAACCAAUGCACCAAGGUAAAGCCAUCACAGGUGAAGAUCAGCAAAGUGAGCUAUAAGGGCAUAACAGGAACUUCUGCAACCGAGAAUGCCGUGAUCCUUGCCUGCAGCAGUGGGGUGCCAUGUGAGGGAGUUGACGUCGGCGAUAUCGACUUGAAGUUCAACGGCGGGGCGGCGAAAUCUACUUGUACCAAUGUGAAGCCCACCUUCACUGGAAAACAGAACCCGGAACUUUGUGCCACUACUGCAGCUUCCUCUUGAAAGCAGUUUUAAUUGACAUUGAAUUGCUGCAAGAGUUUGAUCAAUUUUUAUCAUCAUAAAAUAACUUACCGGAAAAUAAAGAGGACUGAGUUGAGCUUGCUAGAUGGAUGUAUAUCCAGCCUUUGUGGCCAUUAGAGGCAAUAAAGGGAUAUGUAGUAUCUAAUAGGUAACAAUUUGUUCUGGAAAAGUAUAUCCAGAUCUGCUAAUAUUAAUUCCAUAUUUUGGAUAUGAUGUUUGACAAAUGUUACAAUAAGCACCUAGGAGAAAAAGGAGAAUUUGCCUAGAAUAAUGUUAAAUUAACUCUAGUUAAUACUCAA